GCCCUUUUAUUCCUCGUUGUUUUAAUUUUAUUUGACACUGGUUUCCAAUUCCGGAUCCAAACAGACCCUUGCAUAUAAACCACAUAAACCAGUCUUCGCAUCUAAAGAUCCAUCUUCUCCAUCGUUGACCCUCUCUCUUUCUCUAUCUCUAUCUCAUCCUCUCUCCAAUGGCGGAUCCAAUGAUGAAGGCACUCACCGCUAUAGCUCUGAUAGCAUCGCUGUUGGUGUGUUCCUCACUUGCUUCCUCCGACGUCCCUUUCAUCGUCGCGCACAAGAAGGCCACGCUCAACAGGAUCAAUUCCGGUGCUGAGAGGGUUUCCGUCACCAUCGACAUCUAUAACCAAGGAACCUCGACUGCAUAUGAUGUAAGUCUAACAGAUGAUGGCUGGCCAAGUGAUAAAUUUAGUGUAAUCAGUGGUAGCACCACAAAGUCAUGGGAGAAGCUUGAUGCUGGUGGCAUCCUCUCCCACACUUUUGAGCUUGAGACAAAUACAAAGGGAGUAUUUGCUGGCGAACCAGCUGUCAUAAAAUUCCGUGUUCCCACAAAGGCUGCUUUACAGGAGGCAUUAUCAACUCCCAUAUUGCCCUUGGAUGUUCUUGCUGAUAGACCUCCUGAGCAGAAGUUUGAAUGGGCUAAGAGGUUGCUGGCUAAGUAUGGAUCUCUUAUCUCGGUGAUAUCCAUCAUUGUUCUGUUUGUGUAUCUGGUUGCUACACCAUCAAAGUCCAGCACAAAAGGAAGCAAGAAGAGGCGUUAAUAAUCGCAGAUUAGGACAUCUUGCAAUCGGAAAAUUGAAAGGGGGUAGAGCAUGACAUUCUGUCAGUGGUCAGUAUUUCCUAGUUAGAUCAAAAUGAUGUUGGAAUUUGUCGAAUGGAUUCAGAUGUUAGCGAGAGAACUAAUUUUGUUUACGGCAUAGCCUGAAUAGUUGUUUUUUUCAGUUCCCACUGUAUGGGAUGGAUGUUAGCAAGCAAAGUUGUAUUUACUGAUCAUGAUAUCUGGAAAGCUGUUUUUGGUUUGAAUACCAUAUAUUUAGAACUCUCCAUGGAUGAAUCAUAGGCCACAGUAUGAAAAUCAAUUAUUUCCAAUGGCCUUUUUCAUCCUUCCUUCUAGUC